GUCAGCUGCCGCCCCGUAAAAACUAAAAAUGUGUUUUGCUGUGAACAAAACAUAACCAAUUUUGUUUUCAAAACAUUUUCUACGUUUAUAUGAAAUAUUUUAGAUUUUUAUUAAGAUAUAACUUAAAAAUUAUGAAAAUGGAAGCUUCUACAGUUGCGACAGCAAAAAAAAGUAUACAAGAAGGGCAAGCAGAAAUACGCCUUACAUCCGAAAAAGUUUUCUACAACCCAGUACAAGAAUUCAAUAGGGAUCUAAGCAUAGCUGUAUUAAGUGUUUUUACUAAGGAUUACAUGGAAGAAAAGCUCACUAGGGCUCUCAAAGUUAAAAAAUCUGAAAAAAUUGUUAACGAUGCAACUGGAAAUGGCACUAAUCCCGAGAUUCCAGUGACAAUUCUAGAGGCCCUAUCAGCAACAGGUCUAAGAAGCAUUCGCUAUGCUAAAGAAGUGCCAAACAUAACAAAAAUUAUUGCCAAUGACUUGUCUGAACAAGCAGUGGAGACCAUCAAGUCAAACAUAGUACACAAUGGUGUAGAAGAUCUGAUUGAAACCAGCCAUGAUGAUGCUUGCAUGUUAAUGUACAAACACAAGCAUCCAAGCCAGAGGUUUGCAGCCAUCGACCUGGACCCAUAUGGUUGUCCGUCCAUCUUCCUUGACUCAGCAGUACAGAGUGUACAGGACGGUGGGCUGCUACUGGUGACGGCAACAGACAUGGCAGUGUUGGCGGGCAACUCUCCUGAGACUUGCUAUUGUAAAUAUGGUGCUGUCAGUCUUAAGACUAAGUGUUGCCAUGAAAUGGCUUUGAGAAUUCUACUACAGUGCAUAGAGCAGCACGCAAACAGAUACAGUCGCUACAUUGUACCACUGUUGAGUAUAUCAGCUGACUUCUAUAUACGAGUGUUUGUCAAAAUCUACUCUGGGGCCAUACACUGCAAGAAGACUACCAGCAAACUCUCGAUGGUGUACCACUGCGUGGGUUGUGACAACAUCACCUUGCAGCCGCUGGGCGGAUUCAAGCCCAACCCCACGGAGAAGAACCCUCAGCAAACCAAGGGCUACCUACCGGCGGCGCCGCCCGUGGGGGAGUACUGUAGUCACUGCAACCAGAGGCAUCAUCUAGGCGGUCCAAUAUGGUCGGCGCCGAUCCACGACGAUGCGUUCGUGUCGCGCGUGUUGACGCACGUGCAGGACAACCCGGCGCUGUUCGGCACCGCCAAGCGCAUGCGCGGCGUGCUGGCCAUGGUGCGCGAGGAGCUGCCCGACGCGCCGCUCUACUACACGCAGGACAAACUGUUCGGGAGGGUACAUCUGGAGACCAUGCCCAUGUUGACCAUGAGGUACGUCACCCUACUGUUGGGCGCUGUUCGGCACCGCCAAGCGCAUGCGCGGCGUGCUGGCCAUGGUGCACGAGGAGCUGCCCGACGCGCCGCUGUACUACACGCAGGACAAACUGUUCGGGAGGGUGCAUCUGGAGACCAUGCCCAUGUUGACCAUGAGGUCUGCGAUUCUGAACGCGGGCUACAAGGUGUCGUACUCGCACGCCGCCAAGCUGUCCAUCAAGACAGCGGCGCCCGCGCAGCUCGUGUGGGACAUCAUUCGCACGUGGGAAAAGACGCACCCUGUCAAACCUGCCAAACUAGAGUCGGACCCAGUCGCGAAGUACAUACUGUCGCAACCCAUCAAGAGUGGGGUCGACCUGAGCGAACGUCCCGACGCCAACCCCAUCAGCCGGCGCGACGGGCAGCUGCGCUUCCAGUUCAACCCCGCGCCGCACUGGGGGCCCGGCUCCAGGGCCGCUGUCAAUAUCGGUGAAGAGAAGGUAUCGAAGGCGUUACGAAAUCAGAACAAGCACAGCAGCAAGAAGAAAAACGCCGGCAAACGAGACCACUCGCCACCAAGUGAUGACGAAGUUCACAAAAAAUCUAACAUUGAACAGACUGUUACAUAAAUAAAGAAAAAAUAUAUAAAUAU